AUGGAGCCUGCUCGAAAUCUCUACAAAAGUGACAUCGACUUUGCAGCUCUCGCGUUGCAGUCGCGAGACUUUGCCAAACACCUGCGAUUCAACGGACAGUUGGACUUUCACGAUGAAGCUGCCGUCAGACAAUUGACGAUCAGCCUGUUACAGCAUGACUUCGGGCUCAAAGUCGAGAUUCCCUCUGAUCGGUUGUGCCCCCCAGUAAGCGUCUUUGUAGUCAAGCUUCAACUUACCGGGCUGAGGCUGACUCACACUACAGGUUCCAAACAGGUUUGUGGAUACUUCACCUCAGACAAAGUUCAGAAUUCUUAUAUCUCACGGCAUAGACUGAAUUACAUUAUAUGGGUGCAAGACCUUCUUGACUCAACAACUGGAUCAGUCCACGACACGUAUGACGCAGACCGAGAAGUCGUCGGACUUGAUGUCGGAACAGGAUGCUGUAGCAUUUACCCCCUGCUGGGUUGUAUGACUCGUCCUCGAUGGAAAUUUGUCGCUACCGAUGUCGAUGAGCAAAACGCGCGAACCGCGCGAGAGAACGUCGCCCUGAACGAACUUCAGUCACGCAUACAAAUCAUCAGGACUGACCCAGAAGGUCCCUUAUUCCCCCUUGAAAAGCUCGACCACAAAACCCUCGACUUCACCAUGUGCAACCCCCCGUUCUACGCAUCACAAGAAGAGAUGUUAAACUCCGCAGAGACAAAAUCACACGUCCCAUUUUCCGCUUGCACCGGCGCAGCAGUGGAAAUGAUCGCUCCCGGCGGUGAAGUCGAGUUCGUGAUUCGCAUGAUUAACGAGAGCUUGCAACUGCGAGACCGGAUUCAAUGGUACACAUCCAUGCUCGGGAAACUGAGUAGCGUUACCACGUUAGUCGAACGGUUGACUGAGCAUAAUAAUAAUAACUACGCCGUCACCGAGUUUGUACAAGGUAACAAAACGAAGCGGUGGGCUGUGGCUUGGUCGUGGGGGGAUCGGCGACCUGCGAUGUCCGUGGCGCGGAAUAUUCCAGGGUUCCCGAAACAUUUGCUCCCUUUCCCGGCUGAUUACAGCUUCACACUUCCCACUGAGACGAACAUCGAUUCUGCUAUCAGCACAAUGAAGUCUAACCUCGGUUCACUGUCUUGGUACUGGAACUGGGAUAAGAGUACCAGUGCAGGAGUGGGAUUCGCGUCUGAAAAUGUGUGGUCUAGACAAGCUCGAAGGAAAAUGAAGUUUGCGAAACAAGCAGGGAUGGGACAUUUAGAUGUUAUCCCACAGGAAGUUGCGCUGGGCGUUCGAGUCCAACUGAAGCUACUCCAAUGGAAGGAGCUGGAAUCAAAAGAGGUGCAAGUUUUGGUACGUUGGAUUCAAGGGACGGAUAGUGUGCUCUUCGAGAGCUUUUGUGGUAUGUUGAAGCGGAAAAUGGAAGAUAAAUGA